AUGAAAACCAUAACUGGUUUUGACGAAUGCGUCGGCGUUACUCGCUUCUUUAUGAAAAGUACAGGUGUUUGGCCAUUAGACGACCCUAAAGAACCAAAAAAUCGGUGUAAGUUUUUCCUGAUCGAAGUCUUGCUAGUAGGUUUCAUUGUUAUUCCUCAAACGAAUAAAGCCAUUCUAGUGAGCAAUGAUUUUAAUUUAAUGCUCGAAGUGCUAACUACCGCUGCUAUCGUCGAAGGAAUAAUUUCCGUAAAGAUGUUAGCCAUGUGGAACCAUAGAAUAGGACUGAAAAAAAUUGUUCUCCAAAUCGCACGAGACUGGAAAAAUACAAGUAUUAAAGAGAAAAAAAUAAUGUGA